UAUCAGUAAGAUAAGGGCCCGCGAUAAAAUCCGCGGAUUCGUGAUACAAUAAUUAAAAAUAUUUAACACUAAGGAAAUAAUUAUUUUUCUUAAUUUAAUCAAUUAAUUAAUUAAAUAUGUUAAUGAGACGUGAUCAUGUUAAUUAUUUGCAAUGGAGUGCAUGUGUAUCAUUAAUUUCCGCGAUUUUGGGAACAAUUUCACUGUCAACUGAAGGUUGGGUCACUGCGUCAGCAAAAGUCGAUGGGAGUAUCGAAGAUGUCCAAGAAUCUACAAUCAAUUACGGAUUGUUUACUGGGAUAUUAAUAAGGAGAAUAUUGGCCAGCCCUAAAUCUUAUAACAUUUAUUUAACUUGUAUUUUCGACGCCAACAUCUGCAUCUGGAGCUGCCAGCAGUUUCUUGGGCUCCGUAAACAGGAGGCCAUUUUCUUGCUCAAAGGAGAUAAACCGCCAUUUUCUUGUCCCAUAUCCACAUCCACAAGAUCCAGCAAUAGUUUUACCUCGAAUAGUACACAAACUGAAUUUUUAAGCGCAUCCUUAGCAGCCACUUCAAUAUUUUUUGUCAUACUAACAAUUAUUAUUUUAUAUUUUUCAUUCAUAUUGAUAUUAAUUAAUUGUUUUAUGAGCCCAGCAAUUACAUUUUUUAAUAUUACGGGAAUUUAUUUACUGGCAAUAUUAGAAUUUGUAAUAAAUUUACUUGCUUUAAUUUUUUACGGAAGUUAUUACAACAAUUGGAUAAAAAAUAAUAUCGGAAUAUUGGAUACUCUGGUGGGUGAUUAUAAAUCUGAAGCGAGCCUAGGUUACUCUUACUGGAUUUUUUUUGUGAUGUGUCUACUACAUCCAGUGGUGGCUGUAUUUCUAAAAUUAAGGAACAAUGUUUUGAUAGAUAAACGCAAAGAGACAGUAAUUGUUGUGGCCAAAGUGAACGAUCCGACUACUGUAUUGUAUUAAUAUUUUUUAUGAUACUUAAAAUUAUAAGUUCAGACAAGCUAUUAGAAAUACGAUAAAAUUUUGUGUAAUCAAUUUUGUUCCUCAUUAAUUUCCCUACAAAAUUCUCGACAAAUUUUUACCUAAAUCCAAUUUCAAACCCUUAACUUCUAUAACAUACUCAGGUCUCAUAAAAAAUUCCUAAAAAAUUUCCCAAUCUAAAAAUAAAAAUUCCGCCUAAACUAUCAAAG